CUGUAUGUCCACGUGACCUGAAACAAAGCUUUGAUGCCAUCUCACAAUUUCAGCUGGAAGGUGACUGCAGGAAGAUUGUUCUGCUUUAUACGUAAUUAUAGCCUGGAAGGCAAGCCACUUUCUUACCAAAGAACAGAAACACUUCCAUAAUAAGUGAAUGAUCAUGUCGGAGUUCAAGAUGACUUUUGGUCCCGAGUGGCUCAGGGCUUUGGCUGGUGGGGACACAAAUACUGAAACGCAGAGCAAGUCAGUUGCUGUGAAGCGAUUCAAAUUGGCUGAUUUUCGGUAUGGGCGGGAGGAAAUGCUUGCUUUAUUUUCCGAAGCUGUCAAAAUGCCUAAAUCAUUGCAAGAUUUCGGUGACGUCAUUGUGCAAGAAACACAAUGUCAGCCUCUCUCAUUUAUUCCAAUGACCGAGGAAGAAGAGAGAUGUCAAGUCGCUGGCGUGAACAGUCAGGUAGUGCUACGAAUGACUGGUAGAGGCGCUCCAAUAAGAGGCAGAGGUGCAAUAAGAGGUAGCAGAGGCAGAGGGCGAGGUGAGGGUCAGCCUGGAACAUACAGGACAUUAUCAAAUGACGAAAGUGGGUACAGCAAUCAAAGAGACCAGUACACAAGAAGGCCUUGGACAGAAGGCGCAAGGGGUGGGAGCACAGAGCGAAUCUCAGGAAGAGGAGAACCCCCUGGAGUGCGCGGUGGACUUGAGCCUCGACCCCGAUUACCGAGCGACCGAGGAGGAGCAACAACUGAGAGAGAACCUUGGCGAAGUAUCAGUCAAGAAGAGGACGAUGGUGGUGGCUGGCGAAUUUCAGGGCAACGAUCAUGGCGAAAGGGCUCCGCAGAUGCUUCGCGAAACUGGCGGUCGGAUAAAAGCAAGGAUGAGGACAAUGAGAAUUCGCAGAGACGCUCCUGGAACAGGGCCAGUAGCACGAGUGGACUGCCAGAGUGGUGUGACGAUGAUGUGGAACAAGACGUUGGUACCUUUGACUCGUCAGGACAGUUCAAGUCUUUGCGAAGCGCCGAUGACCCUGCUUCAAAGACAGGCAAGGAUGAUACUACAGAGCCGGUAUUUGAGGAUUAUGAUGCUGGUUCAAAUAAGGUAGAAGCAACGGGGAAGAGGAAAAAUGAUUUUGGAGGCACAAUUAAUUACAUGGAUAGUGGUGUUAAAUCAGAAAAGGAGGGUGCCACCGCGAAUAAGGCCAGCCGAGAAUCGUCAUCUGAGCUUGAAAGUCAAGCAUCUUACAACCUCAACACAUCCUCUUCCGUUUCGCUGGAGACAGAACAACGCACAGAAAAGCGUUUAAAGGAGCUCUUGUCUUCAAAUCCCGUCAAAUCGCCAACUAAGAGCAUCACCCCUGGUCAUAUUUCAGUAUCCGAAUUAGAAAAAGAAUUUUCAUCUGUAAAUACAAAAGAGAGCAACUCAAGAAUUAACGAAAACGCUCGAAAGGUAGACGAUUUGACCAUUGAUGACGUAAGGUCAGUGCAACACGACAUGAGAAAAAUCUUGGCAGAAAGCCAUUCAAAGGCCUUUCCACGAGCUAACGACCACGAUGAAAAUGUCCCCAACAUUGAAGAUGAUAUAAAAAAUCUGAUUGACAAAUUGGAUGACGAGAUUGAUAAUAUAAACCCUACGAAUCAAAUGGCGCCCCAACAACCAGACACAAAUGACUGCAAUGUGUUGGAUCCAAGUAUAAUUUUUGCAAAGAAGGCUGAACCGGGCGGACUCAUCAAAGGAAUGCAAGCCUGGAUUUACCGAGAUCCACAAGGAGAAAUCCAAGGUCCAUUUUCAUGUGAAGAGAUGCUGGAGUGGUUCAAAGCCGGGUACUUUACCAUGGAACUUCUUGUUAGACGUGUUUGCGACGAAAUUUUUCUGCCGCUAGGCGACAUUAUCAAACUAUGGAACAGAGUGCCGUUCCAGCCUGGACCCGAGCCGCCCUCUAUCACUUCACAAGUUUAUGCUGCUCAGCUUGCUAGAAGGCAGCAGGGAGACCAUCUUACUAGAAGACAGCAGGGAGACCAUCUUGCUAGAAGGCAGCAGGAAGAGUAUCAGCGAAUCACAUCACAGCAAAGGAAAGUGCAACAACAGCGGCAGCAAAUUGAGCAACACGAACUGAGGAUUCUGCAACAAAUGAAGGAACAACAGCAGUUUAAUGAAAUGCAGCAAAGGCCUCAUAAUCUGAACUUUCCAGAAGAUGUCUCAAUCUGGGGAGAAAGUCCUACCCCAUCUCCAAAUCUCGCAUCCACGCCUUGGACGCCAACAUCGUCACACCCCGAUCCAGUCAUGUGGAAUAAUGCAAACUUACCGAAUGCAAAAUUGGAACACCACAGAAGCUCAGAGAAGAUUGGAGCCAAAUCUGAACCUGAUAUUGCGCAAAGUACAAGUGAAGCUAGGGAGGAUGCUGGUAUCAAAGCCUGGAAAACGAACGGGACUGCGGGCUCAACCUCUCCUGCAGAUUCAGACAUAAAACAAGGGGAAGAGUAUGACGCUGCAGUUGAGGAUAGGACAAAGGUUGGGCAAGGCUCAAAGAAAGUCAAGGAAAAGAAGAAGAAGCAAGACGGAGAAAAAAAGAAGAAAGAGGACAGAGACAAGCAGCAAAGGCAAGAUGAAGAAGCCCAGAGGACGCAAGAGAUUCUCGAAAAGCAACAACAGGAAUUUCUGGCAGCACAGAGAAAAAAAGAAGACGAAGAAAGAGAACACCAAAUGAAUGUUGAAAUGCAGCAGAGACAGUUGAAACAGCAACAGCAUAUGCUGCAUCAAAUGAAACAGCGGCAACUGCUGGUGCAACAGCAGCAAAAGCAGAAUCGUCAAGAAAGGAUUCAGCAAGAGCAAAGGAGACAAAACAUGAAUGAAGCUCAUACUUGGAAUAUUCCCAGUACUUCAAGUGCCCCGUCAUUGGCGGAAAUACAAAGAUUAGAGGAGGAGAGGCAGAUGUUGAUUCAUGAGAAAAUGAAGCAAAUUCAGGCACACGAGCAACAGUUGCAACAACAACAACAAAGAGCUGCUGCUGGCUGGACGGAAAAGGGUGGCCCCCCUGUGAUGUCACUGCGCCAAAUCCAGGAAGAAGAAUCCCGAAAGUUGUUGGCAAUGUCGAGAAACCAACACCAUCAACCGUUGAAUACACAGCAACCAAGGAUGAGCCAUGGACUACCAAAUGCUUCGGUGUGGACGAAGAGUGCGUCGAGCCCCGCUAACUUUGGUGCGUAUGAUAAUCUGUUUUGGGAUGACGUCAUGACAAGGUCAUCAUCCAUGCAAGAAUCUUCGCAAUUUUCAAAGGGCAGUUCCAAGCCUAGAGUCGUCAGUGACUCUGCAUUCCCUACCCUGAACGUGACAUCAAAACAAAACAAAAAGUCAAAAGAUGAGGAAGUUGUUCAUCGGCUGUUUCAACAAACAAAUCCUUGCGAUGACUUUGUUCACUGGGUGAAUAAAAACAUGCCAGGAAUCGCCAGAUAUGUUGAUGUGCCAACAUUUGUGAGUUUCUUGCAAGAAAUAGAGUCGCCAUACGAGGUCAAUGAAUACAUUAGAAGCUAUUUCGGAGAGUUUGGUAAUGCUGAAAAGUUUGCAAAGGAAUUCCUGGAAUGGAACAGAAGAAAUAGAAAGCAGCGAUCACCCCAAAGCACCACUCCGACCACUAACUCAGAAGCUGCCGUGUCAAGUGGAUAUGAUGUGAUAUCCCCCGAAGGGGAUGACCCAAACGGAAGAAGGAAGAAGCACAAGAAACGCAUGCAGAAAGUGAGCCCAAACUUGCUUGGCUUCAGCUGUAAUGCCAAUCCUGAUAUGGUCAAUAGAGGGGAAAUACAAAGUGCUAUGGACGCAUGGAGCACAAAGUAAAAAGCCACGAGCCCAAGACACCUGUCUUCUCGUUAACAAACUCAGUAGUUGCAUUUUGAUGGUAUUGCGGUUUUUCUAUUUCCGGAGGUCAACUUCGUUUACACAAAAAUCGGCUAAGCCUUCAACCAGUCAGGUCAUUGGAAAGAUAAAUCUGUUUUUUAUGAUUUUAUGAGUGUGUUUUUGUUAAGAUGGUAGCUGGCAGGUCAAAUUGUAUUUCUGCUAAGGUUUGCUUUUAAUCUUUGUAGUUGAUUAUAGUUGUUAAAUGCAUGCCUCGAAUGCAUUGAAAAUGGGGUUUGCUUCAGAUUUAAACGCCUGUACACUUAAGAAAGUGACAUAAGAAAGUGCAAUUUGUGAGGAUGUUACAUCAAACUCGUGGCAGACAUAAAGCAAGCACUAUCGUUAGGGUAAAUGAAUGUUUUGUUGAAAAUGCAUUGCUCGCAUUUAAGUUUUCGGCGUUUCUGUUAUCAGAUAUUAUUAAGCCAAACGAGGUAUUGUUUUCCACUAUCAAAUCGCGGUGGCUCUAGAAUGGCCGUUUUAGAGAGAAGAGCAGUUAUUAUUAGCAGGCCAUUGAUCAUCUAUGGCGUUUUCCUAGUGGCCAGUUCAUUAUAAGCAAGAUCUUCACUUGCUAGAGCGUUGCCCUAUGGGCGCCAAAGUAACGCAUCGACUUGCAUUUUAAAGCAGUGCUUUUUGUGUCAUCAGGUUUCGUCCUAGAAUUCACUCGCAAACAGCUAUCUUUGUGUUAGAUUUUGCGUUGUAUUUCUACAGCUACAAUUUGAAAUAUUUCUACAGUUAGUUUCAACUGCGCGCCUUAAAUACUAAUUCAUGUACCUUAUUGCCGCAAUGAAAGCCAGUUUUGCAUUAAAAGUUUUUAAACUUCCCUACUCGCGUAAAUUUUGUAUAAAUUCUGUGUCAAUGAGAUCAGGUGUCAAGA